UCCCCUUUUCGAUAGGUUGUCAGAGCCUGUGGCUUUAGUUCAAAGACGUGUUGCUUCUCGUUGGGAGCUUGAUGUCUAGUGAAGUUGUGUCUCUAACAAGAUUGACACCUGGGCCCAGACUGAAGGGCUGACUGAACUACCGGAAAGUUCCGCUUCGACAAAUUGAGUACAGAAUCCUGCCUGACGUCAGGAACGGGUCUUGGACAGCGGACACUCCAUCUAUUUGAUAAGUCUGUACAGUGGGCCCCCAGCUCUCCUCUGCUAUGUGGUGGUUGCUGCUUGGUUUUUUGAGCUGUGUGCUGGUGGCGGUCGCCAUCUUCUUCCUGACCACCGGGAAACGCUACAAGGUGUUCAGCGAGAAGUGCGUGAGGCCUCCAGGACCCUUGGUCACCGACAGCAAGCAGAGGGACCACAGGCUGAAGAGAGGGUUUCUUGCGGACCGUGUCCCCCCUGCUCUGGAUGCGGUGGUGAUAGGCAGCGGGAUCGGAGGUUUGACAGCAGCAGCGCUUUUGUCUAAAGCCGGGAAGAGGGUUGUAGUUCUGGAGCAACAUGAUCAGGCUGGAGGCUGCACACACACCUUUCAGAAUAAGGGAUUUGAGUUUGACGUGGGUAUCCAUUACCUGGGCCAGCUUCACGAGAACAGUCUGCUGAGGGUUGCUCUGGAUCAGAUUACAGAGGGACAGUUGCAGUUCACACAGCUGGAGCAGCACUUUGACACACUGAUCCUAGGUCAGCCUGACCAGCGCAGGGAGUACCAUAUCCAUGCCGGGAAGACUGAGAUGGCAGAUAGCCUGAAGCAACAGUUCCCAGGAGAGGAGGGGGCCAUUGAUGAGUUCAUGAGAUUGAUGAAGUUAGCCUCACGGCGGACGCCACUUAUCGCCAUCUUGAAGAUCAUACCUUAUCGGCUGGCGAACUUCCUGGCUCGAACCGGCCUAUUAGAUCGCAUAUCUUCAGUGUUCCGCCUAGCAGCAACCAGCCAUUCUGAAAUAAUGUCCGGCCUCACACAGAACAAGGACCUGCAGGCACUGUCUGCCUACCUCUUCUAUGGUGUCCCUCCUAAAGAGUCUAGCUUUCUCAUCAACGCUCUCCUUCUUCACCACUACAAGCGUGGUGCGUACUACCCACGGGGCGGCGCCAGUGAGUUUGCCUUUCACAUCAUCCCUGUCAUUCAGCAGGCCGGCGGUGCUGUGCUGGUCAGGGCUCCUGUACAACGCAUCCUGCUCAACCAGCAAGGGAAGGCCUAUGGCGUGACAGUACUUAAAGGACAAGAAGAGUUUGAGGUCCAUGCCCCUGUUGUCAUUUCCAAUGCUGGAAUCUUCAACACCUUCCAGAAGUUUCUGCCUCAGCCCAUACAGGACAAACCAGAGAUCCAGUCACUGUUGGGUUUGGUGCGUCACGGUAUGGGUUCCUUCUUGGUCUUUGUUGGUCUGGAUGGGACCAAAGAGGAGCUGGGCAUUGUUUCCACCAACUUCUGGAUGUAUAAAGACAAUGACUUGGACUCAAUUAUGAAGCGUUACUCUUCUCUGAGCAGAGAUCAGGUAUUGGGAAACAUUCCCAUGAUGUUCAUCACCUUCCCAUCCGCUAAAGAUCCUACAUCCAACAUCAGACAACCAGGUAAGUCCUGUAUGACGUUGCUAACCAUGGCUCGCUAUGAGUGGUUUGAAGAGUGGGAGGAGACAAAGCUUGGCAAGAGGGGACAGGUCUACCUGGAUUUGAAAAAUAGCAUGGCCCAAGAGAUGCUGGACUGGGCACUAACAAUCUUCCCUCAACUGCGAGACAAGGUGGUGAUGGUGGAUGCUGCCACUCCUCUAACUAAUGUCCACUAUUUGGGCGCUCCGAGAGGUGAGAUGUACGGAGCUGAACACAACUUGGAGCGCUUCACCCCAGACACGGUUGCUAGGACGCGACCACAGACACCGAUCAAUGGACUCUACCUAACAGGUCAGGACGUAUUCUGUAAUGGCAUGGCUGGGGCGCUGCAUGGCGGCCUGCUCUGCGCCUCAGCCGUCCUCGAUCAGAUCCUCUACAUUGACCUUCUAGCCCUGAAGAGCCGCUUCAAAAAACAGACCAAUCAGAAGAAGCAAAAGAUGACGUAGCAUGUGCAGAAAAAAAGACAAAGGAGGAAAAGACAGAAACAGAUUCGGUGCAACCAUUGUUAUACUAAUGUAGUAUGUAUUGUACAACUUUUUUCACAUACCAGUAGUACUCCCCAAAAACCUGUAAACAGACUUUGAUGUGUUCAAGGUUGAAGGUUGAGCUAGACUUAUUAUAAAAUAUUGGGGUUCUAUUGUUAAUUGUUCUUGGUACAUGGAGUAUAGUCACAAUAAUCAAUUUUGUAUUGGCUGGUAUGUAAGAGCUAAACUGUCAUUCAGUCUUCGUUCUUUGCUUAGUAGCCACACGUAUAUUGUUUUCUUUUACCGAUGAGUAGCUUACUGCUACAUGACUUUGAAUUUAAGUUUUUUCUAAUCUGAUAUCAACCCUUGUACACCAUCAGGUAUGAACAGUUCAUUAUUUGUUUGUGGAAACGAAGAAAAGCAUAAUAGUCCAAACGAGAAAGAAAAAAGAAAUGUGACAAAAAGAAAUCUGUAGACUCUUAAGUUAUGUUUGAGUGCUAAAAAUCAACAUGUAUAUUUGCUUCAUGUCUGUGACAUAUUCUACAGACAUAGACUUUUGAGCUGGAGUGAUGGCUGUAAUGCUGGUAUGAUCACCGGGAAUGAACACUUCAAAACAGCUACAAGCUUAACCUGUCAGACUUUUAGGUUUUUCUAAAUGGUGGAGCCUACAUUCACGCCCUCUUUACCUGCAGUGAGAAUGCAAGUUAUGUCACCUAGAGUCUAUAUACGACCUUCCACUUCCGGGAUUGCUCCGUUGCCGCCGGAAAUUCCGUCGUAAGUCCUUCUUUUUGGCCGCAAUUCCAUUACCCUCUGCCUUUCUUUGUGUUUUUAUUUUUAUUUUAAACUCCGGUGGA